AUGGAAGUCGCAGGACCCGCGGCUGCUGCCUUGAACACCCUCACACCUACCCAGAUCCAAUUCCUGGAAUCUGUGCCCAAAGCCGAGCUUCAUGCGCACCUCAACGGCUCAAUCCCCCUGCCUACUCUCCAGCAGCUUGCCUCCGAAUAUCUAGCGUCUUCGUCCGGGCAAGGAGCCAUCUCCAACGAAGCCAUAAAGCAAGGGAUCGAUGUCCUCUCCAAAGGUCCCAAACUCGACGAGAUCCACGACUUCUUCGGUCUCUUCCCCGCGAUCUACGCGUUAACCUCCACCCCCGCUGCGUUGGCACGCGCUACACGUGCUGUUCUCAGCGCCUUCCUCGAUGGCAGGCCGCCACAGUGCAACCACCUCGAGUUGAGGACGACCCCGAAACAGACGGACGCGAUGGACAGGGAGAAGUACCUCCGCACCGUAUUGGCUGAGCUGGAUCGAUACGAGCCAGGCCAAGUUGGUUUGAUUGUUAGCUUGGAUAGAAAGAUGAGCGAAGAGGUGAUCAAGGAGAUCGUGGACAUCGCCUACGCAUUGAGGAAGGAGGGGAAACGCAUUAUCGCAGUCGACCUGUGCGGCGACCCUACUGCUGGGGAUAUGACGAAAUUCGAGCCAUAUUUCGCGCAAAUCAAGGACGCCGGAUUGGGAUUGACUGUGCAUAUCGCUGAGACCGUCCACAACACACCCGAAGAGACCCUUCAACUCCUAUCCUACCGUCCGAAUCGUCUCGGCCAUGCCACUUUCCUGAAUGACGAAGCUAUCUCCAUCGUAUUAGAUAAGAAGAUGUGCAUCGAAAUAUGCCUCACUUCCAACCUGUUAUGCAAAACGGUGUCGAACCUGGAGGUCCAUCACAUCGGGCAGUACUUGAAGGCGGAUCACCCAAUAGCAAUCUGCACGGACGAUAUCCUUCCCUUCAAGACCUCUCUUGUCGCAGAAUAUGCACUCCUCCUGGCGAAACCACCGUAUGGUUUGGGGUUGACAGAAGACCAAGUUAAAAGAGUUGGUGAGAUGAGCUUAGACGCCCGUUUUAGAUAG